AUGGCGUCCGCCAUUGCCGCCGCGACGGCUCCUCCCACGGGCGCCCAGCACUCUGUCCUCCUCCUGCGCCGCGCCAACGACUACCUCGCCGCCGCCCUACGGGCGCGCUACCGCGUCCUCAGCUUCUACGACUCGGGCGGCGCGCCCCUCCCGGCCUUCCUCGCCGCGUCCGCCGCCGCGGAGCCCGAGGCCCCGCGGGCUGCCCUCGUCGUUGGCGUCGACGCCGCCUUCCUCGUGGCCGGCGCCGGCGAGGUCUUCUCCACGGACGUGGCCGACCACGCCAUAGGGCUCCUCAUCGACGUGCUCCGGAAUGUCUCCGCGGCCGACCGCUACGUCUGCCGCGGGCUGUGGCCCGUCCAAGGGGACUACCCGCUCGGAUCCAAGCUCGGUGGCAAGCGCGUAGGCAUCAUCGGUUUGGGGAGCAUCGGUUCAUCCAUCGCCAAGCGUCUCAAAGCAUUUGGCUUUGUCAUCCAGUACCAUUCCAGGAGACCAAAGGAUGGUGUCUCCUUCAGAUACUUCCACGAUGUGAUCAGCCUCGCUACCGAAUCCGACGCGCUCAUUGUCGCGUGCGCGCUGAACGACCAGACGCGGCACAUCGUCAACAAGGAAGUCCUGAGGGCACUAGGUAAAGAUGGCGUAGUGGUGAACAUCGCUCGCGGAGGGAACAUUGACGAGGCGGAGCUGAUCAGCAUGCUGAGGGAAGGCAAGAUAGCUGGCGCGGGCCUAGACGUCUUUGAGAAGGAGCCCGUUGUGCCGCCGGAGUUCUUCUCCAUGGACAACGUGGUGCUAACUGCUCAUGAGGCGGUCUUCACCACAGAGUCUGGCUCCGACCUUUGCGACCUCAUGAUUGGGAACCUCGAGGCGUUCUUUGAUGGUAGGCCAUUGCUCACGCCUGUGCCUCCCAAGUAGAUGUGGUGGAGAAUAGAACAAGAGAUCAUACCAAACUCAGUGUGCAUACAACGUUUGUCAUGUUAGAUAUAUGCUGCUCCUUGUCCGAGUUACCAGGGGUGACAAGGAAAUAUAUGCUACUCCUUGUCCAAGUUACCAGGGUGAUGACAAGUAGAUAUAUGCUACCUAUUGUCUGAGUUACCACAGGACACAAGCCGGACCUAGCGAGAGCACUACCCUCACCUAUGAUGUGUUACAUCUGGCCACCAAGUUCUUUUGCAGCCCUCACCGGUCAUCAUCAUCGCCCGUCCAGGUCCGUCCAGCGACGGCUCCUGACAUGCACAUCCCCACGCUAGAGGGGCCCUGCUUACCUCUCCGACUUGGGACCAUAAUCGCUCAGUUUUCACCAAGUCGCCAACAAGGUGCCACUGCCGAGUUCACAACUGUGCUAGAUUUGGUAGAAUCGUUGCCGGUUGCUUCUGUUCCUA